AUGGUCCACUCGAUAUCAGUUCGUUGUCGAAAUCCGAAUCUUAUUUUGAAGCUGGAUAUGGCAAAGGCUUAUGAUAGGGUUCAAUGGCGGUUCUUAUUUCGUGUACUUGAGCUGAUGGGUUUCUCGGCGAACUUGGUUGAUAUUAUUCGGCGAUGUGUUUCCUCGUGCCAGUUCUCUUUACUAAUCAACAGGGAGCUGACGGGGUAUUUCACUUCGUCUCGUGGUCUAAGGCAGGGAGAUCCGCUCUCGCCGACUCUUUUUGUACUUGCGGCUGAUUAUCCGAGAAAGGAUCUUCCUAUCAUUUAUCUUGGAGCUCCACUAUACAAAGGGAGGGACCGGGGCAGUUUGUUUAACACUUUGCUUGAUCGCAUGCAAGCCAGGAUUUCGGGUUGGGCUCGAACCGCUUUGGCUUUCGGGGGCCGUCUGGCCUUGAUCUGGAGUACGCUUUCGACUAUUGCUUUGCAUCUUGUUCAGGUUAUUCAACCUCCGCAGUACAUUAUUAAGCAGAUUGAGCAGUGCAUGGCCAGAUUUCUCUGGGGAUCUUAUGGUAAUCAGCGCAGGCCUCAUUGGGUUGCUUGGGAGACAAUUUGUCGUCCAGUUGGUAAGGGUGGCUUGGGGUUGAAGCGUUUGACGGAUGUGAUUGACGCCUUCACUUACAAGCUCUAG